CAGCAAGUCCCUACCAAAAACAAAUAUAGCUCUCACAACAAAAACAAGAGCCAGCACUCUCUCUCUCUCUCUCUCUAAAACAUGCAGAGGCAAUCACUGGGUUCUCCCUCUUCGAAGCUCGUGAAAGAUGAAUCCCAAUCUUCUUCAAUUUCACCACAAACUGCUCUCUACGGAGAUGAAGAAUGCGAGCUCAAGAAGCUCAAUCCCAAAACCGCCGCGCCUCACUCCUACAUUCACCUCAUUCCUCUUCUCACCCUCCUCUGUUUCCUCAUUCUCUAUCUCUCUUCCCACAACCCCUCUCUCAACGAGUUCAAUGGCGUGAAGACCAUUUCAGACCCUGCUGAAAAUAUAUCGGAAUUGCAAGGAAUAUUGGAGAUUCAGAAAGGGGAUAUAUUGGCCGUGCGGAGCUUGAAGAACUUGAAGCAGGAGGCCAAGCAGCGGCGCCUCCACCGCAAAAUCCCUCAUUUUUAGUUACAACGUUUGGAUUUUGAUUUUGACUACCGUCGGUGGAUAUAAUUUGAGAGCAACAUUAUAUGAAAAGACAAGGGAAAUACUGGUUGUUUAAUAUUGGAAUCUCUUUUCUGCUUACUGAUUGAUGAUCAAUAAUGUGAUCUGUUUUAUUCAUUAGGUGUAACGACAGCAAUAGUUUUAUAAUUGGUCUCAUGAUGUCAAUUUUUCAUUGUUUGAAUUAAGUAAUUAUAUUUAAUCCGGAUUAUAGUAGUACUUCGGAUAAAGUAUUUUAGCUUAGAAAAGUGAAAUUUAUGAUAUGAUAACGUGUCUUUCGGAAGAAGCUGCUGGAAAGAAAUAAAGAAAUAUUCAGAUAA